AUGGUCAACUCUUGUUCUGGCUCUGUCUGCUCUGACGAGGGCUGUGGCCAAGGCCUCUGCCAGGAGACCUGCUGCCAACCCAGCUGCUGCCAGACCACCUGCUGUAGGACCACCUGCUGCCACCCCAGCUGCUCUGUGUCCACUUGCUGCCGCCCCACCUGCUGCCGCCCAGUCUGCUGUCAGACCACCUGUCGCCCAGUCUGCUGUCAGACCACCUGCUGUAGGACCACCUGCAGCCCCAGCUGUGGUGUGUCCAGCUGCUGCCGCCCAGUCUGCUGUCAGACCACCUGCCGCCCCAGCUGUGGUGUGUCCAGCUGCUGCCCUCCAGUCUGCUGUCAGACCACCUGCCGCCCCAGCUGUGGUGUGUCCAGCUGCUGCCGUCCAGUCUGCUGUCAGACCACCUGCUGCGGUACAACUUGCUGUCGCCCCAGCUGCUGUGAAACCUCUUGUUGA